CCGGAGUGGCGCGGCGAUCCGCUCGCCCAAACUGACUCCGAACGAGCGAGAGCCGAUGCUCGGCUGCACCGAGACAGCGGGCGAGCGGGCGUCCGGGGGCAGGGCGGGGGCGGCCGGGAGCAGGAGGCGGCGGAGACUGUGAACCCCGGAAAAGUUCAAGGUUUGUGCAGGCUCCCCCCGGGAAGGCGAGGAGCGAGGCGGGGCACGUGCCCCUCUGCUGAGACAGCGAGACUUGAGCGGAGAGAGGGGUGGCGCGGAGCCGCGGCGGGCUGGCCGAGCCCCUCCAUCCUACAGUGUUCACGGUCGGGAGGCUGGAGUCGACGGCCGGGGCAGGCAGGGCUCGGCUCGGGGCGCAUUAGCCGGCUUUCCCGCGCCCUCGCUUCUCCGAGCCCCAUCUCCAUGGGGCAGCCCGUGCCGGCCGCGCCACCCUCGCCCCAGCCUCCCAGCCGCUUCCCGGGCAGGCGGCGCUGAGCCCGGGCCCUGGUCGAGACCGGAGAAAGCGGGCUGGAGCCGAGGAGCCAGACCUGCGAGGGGACUAAUAUCUGGCCGCCCGCCUCGGGCAUUCUGUCUGGGCGUCGCCGAGGGUGGUGGCGACCCGUGUCGCCGGUCUCAGCACUACUCGGAAACUUUUCCUUCUCCAGAUGGAUUAAAGUUGCCUGGAUUUUCUGUUUCUUUGCGAAAGAAAUCAUUCAUUUGCACCUGACCUGGGAUUUUUAUGCUGGGCUGCUGCAGGGCGCUUGGAGGAAGAAAGCGGCGCCUAUCCAUGUGGGGUUACUACCGAAACCGAGGAAAUCGGGGCUUGCGUUGCAAAUCUGCACCCCCGAGCGAGUUCGGAUUCGAGCUGGGCCGUGGGGCCAGGGGACUCGGCAGUCGGCUGUAGGCAGCCCCCGGGACGCCCGCGGCCACCGGCCGGACCGCACGUGCGGCUCCCCCCUCGCCUCGCAGAUCCUGCAGGGGGCACCAGCCGGGGACGUGGAGACUCCUCCCGCCCCGAGCUGCGCCCCCGCCGGCUCCGAGGGUGUAGCCGGAGGCGCCUGGGACGCCCCCUCCCCGCAAAGUGUCCCCGAAUUGCACUCCCUGGCCCCCAAAGCCUCAGCAGAGACAGCCUGGCGCCACGGCCGCCCUGAGUUGGAUGUGACCGAGCCCAGCCCGGGGCCAAGUCGUCGCGGACUGUUGCCCUCUCGGACCCUCCCGUCCCCGCCUCGGCCAUGGCCCCAGGGAUGUCGGGCCGCGGUGGCGCCGCCCUGCUCUGCCUCUCGGCGCUGCUCGCCCACGCCUCCAGCCGCUCCCACCCGGCCAGCCCCAGCCCACCCGGGCUGCACGCCAGCCCGGUGCUGCCGGUCAGCUACCGCCUGUCGCACACGAGGCUGGCCUUCUUCCUGCGGGAGGCGCGGCCCCCGUCCCCUGCGGUCACCAACGGCUCCCUGCAGCGCUCCGAGCCCUUCGUGGUGUUCCAGACCAAGGAGCUGCCCGUCCUCAACGUCUCCCUGGGGCCCUUCAGCACCAGCCAGGUGGUGGCGCGGGAGCUCCUGCAGCCGUCCAGCACCCUGGACAUCCCCGAGCGCCUGACGGUCAACUGGAAGGUGCGGGCCUUCAUCGUGCGCGCGCGCGUGCCCGCCUCGCAGCCCGUGGCGCAGGUGCUGUUCUACGUGGCCGGCCGGGACUGGGACGACUUCGGCGUCACCGAGCGGCUGCCCUGCGUCCGCCUGCACGCCUUCCGCGAUGCCCGGGAGGUCAAGAGCUCCUGCCGCCUCAGCGGGGGCCUGGCCACGUGUCUGGUGCGCGCCGAGCUGCCCCUAGCCUGGUUCGGGCCCCCGGCCCCGGCCGCCCCGCCCGCGGCCCGCCGCAAGUCUCCGGACGGGCUGGAGCCCGAGGCGGCGGGGGAGAGCCAGCAGGCGGAGCUCUACUACACCCUCCACGCCCCGGACGCGUCGGGCGGCUGCGGGGGCUCCCGUCGGGGGGCCGGGCCCGGCGGCGCGGGGGCCCGGGCGGAGAGCCCCACGCAGCACCCGCUCCUGCGCAUCGGCAGCAUCAGUCUGUUCCGCCCGCCCCCCAGGAGGACCCUGCAGGAGCACUGGCUGGACAGCAACCUGAUGAUCCGCCUGCCCGACCGGCCCCUCAAGCCCGGGGAGGUGCUCAGCAUCCUCCUGUACCUGGCCCCCAACUCCUCCUCGCCCUCCAGCCCCAGCCUGGAGCAUUUCACACUCAGGGUGAAGGCCAAGAAGGGCGUGACCCUUCUAGGCACCAAGUCACGGAGUGGCCAGUGGCAUGUGACCUCGGAGCUGCUGACGGGGGCGAAGCACUCGACAGCCACCGUGGACGUGGCCUGGGCUCAGGGCACGCCCCUGCCGCCCUGGGAGGGCCAGGGCCCCCUGGAGAUCCUGCAGCUGGACUUUGAGAUGGAGAACUUCACCAGCCAGUCCGUCAAGCGGAGGAUCAUGUGGCACAUCGACUACCGCGGCCAUGGCGCCCUGCCCGACCUGGAGCGGGCGGUCACCGAGCUGACGGUCAUUCAGCGGGACGUGCAGGCCAUCCUGCCCCUGGCCAUGGACACAGAGAUCAUCAACACGGCCAUCCUCACUGGCCGGACAGUGGCCAUCCCCGUCAAGGUCAUUGCCAUCGAGGUGACUGGCCUGGUCCUAGACGUCUCCACCCUGGUGGAGUGCGAGUCUGACAACGAGGACAUCAUUAAGGUGUCCAGCAGCUGCGACUACGUGUUUGUGAGCGGAAAGGAGUCUCGAGGGUCCAUGAACGCCAGGGUCACCUUCCGCUACGACGUCCUCAGUGCCCCCCUGGAAAUGACAGUCUGGGUCCCCAAGCUGCCCUUGCACAUUGAGCUCUCGGAUGUCCGCCUCAGCCAAGUGAAGGGCUGGAGGGUGCCUAUCCUCCCCGACCGGAGGUCAGCCCGGGAGAGCGAGGACGAGGAGGAGGAGGAGGAGGAGCAGCGGCGGCAGAGCGCGAGCCGCGGCUGCACCCUGCAGUACCAGCACGCCACCCUGCAGGUCUUCACCCAGUUCCACACGACCUCGUCCGAGGGCACCGACCAGGUGGUCACCAUGCUGGGUCCCGACUGGCUGGUGGAGGUCACUGACCUAGUAAGUGACUUCAUGCGGGUGGGCGACCCCCGAGUGGCACACAUGGUGGACAGCAGCACGCUGGCGGGCCUGGAGCCGGGCACCACCCCCUUUAAGGUGGUGUCCCCACUGACGGAGGACGUGCUCGGGGAGACGCUGCUGACGGUGACGGAGGAGAAGGUCAGCAUCACGCAGCUGCAGGCCCAGGUGGUGGCCAGCCUGGCCCUCUCCCUGCGGCCCAGCCCUGGGAGCAGCCACACCAUCCUGGCCACCACGGCCGCCCAGCAGACCCUCAGCUUCCUCAAGCAGGAAGCCCUCCUGAGCCUCUGGCUCUCCUAUAGCGAUGGCACCACGGCCCCACUCUCCCUCUACAGCCCCCGGGACUACGGGCUGCUGGUGAGCAGCCUGGACGAGCACGUGGCCACUGUGACGCAGGACCGGGCCUUCCCGCUGGUGGUGGCAGAGGCGGAGGGGGCAGGGGAGCUGCUGCGGGCCGAGCUAACCAUCGCCGAGAGCUGCCAGAAGACCAAGCGCAAGAGCGUGCUGGCCACCACGCCCGUGGGCCUGCGGGUGCACUUUGGGAGGGACGAGGAGGACCCCACCUACGACUACCCGGGCCCCAGCCAGCCAGGGCCUGGCAGGGGCGAGGACGAGGCCCGGGGGGCCGGCCUGCCUGGCUCCGGGGCACCCGCCCCCGAGGGCCCGGGCCCAGGCACCGCCAGCCCGGCCGCGCCGCCCACGGAGGACUUCCUGCCGCUGCCCACCGGCUUCCUGCAGAUGCCGCGCGGGCUGACCGACCUGGAGAUCGGCAUGUACGCGCUGCUGGGCGUCUUCUGCCUCGCCAUCCUCGUCUUCCUCAUCAACUGCAUCGUCUUUGUGCUGCGCUACCGGCACAAGCGCAUCCCGCCCGAGGGCCAGACCAGCAUGGACCACUCGCACCACUGGGUGUUCCUGGGCAACGGGCAGCCGCUGCGGGUGCAGGGGGAGCUCUCGCCGCCCACCGGCAACCCGCUGGAGACCGUGCCCGCCUGCUGCCACGGCGACCACCACAGCAGCGGCAGCUCCCAGACCAGCGUCCAGAGCCAGGUGCACGGCCGGGGCGAUGGCUCCUCGGGCGGCUCGGCCCGGGACCAGGCCGAGGACCCCGCCAGCUCGCCUACCUCCAAGCGCAAGCGGGUCAAGUUCACCACUUUCACCACGCUGCCCUCGGAGGAGCUGGCCUAUGACUCGGUGCCUGCCGGCGAGGAGGAGGAGGAGGACGAAGAGGACCUGGGGUGGGGCUGCCCGGAUGUGGCGGGCACCGCGCGGCCCGCUCCACCCCCAGACCUGCACAAUUACAUGUGCAGAAUCAAAGAGAUUGCCUAGAGGCGCCACCCGGGGAGGCAGGGACACCCCCCAUGGGUCUGCUCUGGGUGGGACGCAGCCGCAGCCGGGACCCCCACUCACACUGGCGCGGGGCAGCUGACUGGUUUCGCACUCCCUGCCCCUGCCGCUUUGCUCAGUGCCCGGCGGGUGCCUCUGUGUCUGGUCCUCCUGCCACCCCAUGCCGUCACCUGUCACCCCGGUCUGCCCCCUGCGGGUGGAGGGCUCUUCCUCCAGUGGCUUGCGGGGAGGAAAGCGAUCCCAGCCUUUGUUCUCCCCUUUCCAAACCUCCUCCCGUCUCAGGCAACCCCUGCCCCAAGGGUGAGGCAAGGAGGCCAAGCUUGGGGCGAGGCAGGCCCACACUGUGCUCCGGCCCCCGCCUCCCGUGCCCCCCGCCAUCCCCCCGUGCAGGGGGUGCUGGGGGGGUCUCGUGUCACAGGCUGCACAAAGACUUUUCUCAAACCAAUAUUCAGGGAUUUCUGUCCUGCAGGGUGGGGAGGCGGCGGCUGCCUGCCCUGCCGAGGAUCUUGCUGUGGACAAAACAUCUGGAGGUAGGGGGACAGCCGUAGCAUCUCCUGGCUUCCAGGUGCCUCCCAGGAUCUGGGAGCUGACUCUACAGAGGGGUCUGGUGCCAAGCCAGGCACCUUCCUUCCUGAGUUCUCAGGACUCCCUCCUCUGCCCCAAGGGCUCUGGGCAGGGACCCGCAGGGGAGGAGUCCUGGAUCCAGCUGUAGCCAACCGCACCCCGGAGCGCGAGACCUGGGUGCCUCCGCCUCCCCUCCCCCGCAGCGGGGGCCACACUACGACGCCUUAGCCGCCCCUUGCUCUGCGAACACUCCUCCCCUCUCCGUAGCAGGGCAGGCAGCCAGCCACGCCCCACUCGACAGAAUCUGGGGGGCAGGGGGCACCAGGGAGUGCUGUGAGGGACUCGAGGGGGGACGAAGUGUCUCCCCUGCCCCGGCCCACAGCCACUCUUCUCUGGGGUUCUACCCACCACUGUGUCGGAUUUUUCUUAAAUAAACGGAGGCGGUCAGACUGGAGGUGGGGGCAGCAGCUCCCGUGCACAGACGGUA